UUUAAUAUUAAUAAUUGGAAAUUCGUGGCGGUCGGACGCGUUUUACGUUGUACUUGCUGAAAAAAUACAACAAAAGAAGAAACGACGAAAGGUAUUAAUAAAAAAAAUAUUCGAGAAAAUAAAAGUUAAUUAAAUAUAACGAGAAAAAACCGCAAAGUUAUGUGUUGUUACAAAACAUAAUGAUAAGAAAUGUGUAAAAGAGUUGAAAGCACGAUAUAAGUAUGCGUUUAGUGUAAAAUAUAUGUAAUAAAUAAAUAAAAGAAAUACCAAAGUAUAUACAUAUAUUACAAAAGCCAAGUUGAUAAACAAAAUUUCUUCACAAUAAAAUAGCAAAAAAAAGAUUUGCAAAAAUGGCCAAAUACUCAGGUAAAAAAUGCCGCCUGCUGUCAAUGAUGAUGUUGACCGGCUUCUUUUUCUUUGUGGAAAUCAUUGUUGGUUAUGUGACAAAUUCGAUGGCAUUGGUAGCUGACAGUUUUCACAUGUUGGGUGAUAUAGCCGCCUUAGUAAUAUCAUUUUUAUCCAUUAAGAUGUCACCAAAGAAAUGGUCAAAAAACACAUUCGGCUGGGCGCGAGCUGAAGUUUUGGGUGCCCUGGUGAAUGCUGUCUUUUUGGUGGCAUUAUGUUUCAGUAUUACCAUAGAAGCUUGUAAAAGAUUUAUUGAAGAAGAAACGAUACACGAGCCUAAAUUGUUGGUUGUUGUGGGCGCCUUAGGUUUACUAGUUAAUGUGAUAGGACUCUGUUUACUUUAUGAACAUGGUGGACACCAUGGCCAUUCACAUGGUGGUGGUUUGAGACGCAAUCACAGUAGACUAACCGAACUAGCCAAUGUUGAUGAUGGUGAGGGCAAUGAAGAUUUUGCUUAUGAAAAACAGAAGGAAAAACAAAUGAAAAAAUCCAGCCAUGGUCACAGUCAUGAUCCUGGCCAAAUGAAUAUGCGCGGUGCAUUCUUACAUGUGUUGAGUGAUGCUUUGGGUAGCAUUAUUGUUGUUAUCAGUGCAUUGGUCGUUUGGAAAACAGAAUGGAAAUAUCGUUAUUAUAUGGAUCCAGCCUUAUCUAUUGUCUUGGUGUGUUUGAUUUUGCACUCCGUCUGGCCUUUAUUGCGUGAAUCCGCCUUAAUUCUGUUACAAACAGUGCCAACACAUAUUCAGGUUGAUGCCAUACAAAAACGUUUAUUGGAAAAAGUUGAUGGCGUUUUAGCAGUCCAUGAAUUUCAUGUGUGGCAAUUGGCUGGUGAUCGCAUCAUUGCAUCAGCACACAUUAGGUGUCACAAUCUUUCGGAGUACAUGAAAAUAGCCGAAAAAGUCAAAGAGUUCUUCCACAACGAAGGCAUACACUCGACAACAAUACAGCCGGAAUUCGUUGAAGUCGAUGGCGGCGGUUGUAUUAUGUCCGAUGGUACAUCUAGUCUAAAUAUGAGUGGUUCAGAUUGUUGUGCCCUAGAUUGUCCACCAUCAACAGACAAUGGUUGCGUUAAGGCAACUUGCUGUCAAAAUAACAAUAAAUUGAACCAAUUACCCUCACCGACGGGUUCACCGUAUAUGUGCCGCCAAAGAAAUUCAACGCGCAAUGCCAACGAUGUAGAGUCGGGUUCUCUGUUGGAUCCCGUUGCCAAUAGCAGUGGUGGUGGCGGCGGCAAUAAUUCUGGUGGCAUGCCCACCGGUGGUAACUCCACAAAUCAAACAAAUGGCGAAGUAGUUUGACAGAAUUCACUGAACUUAAAACAACAAACACAACUGAAACAGAAUAUAUCGGCACAUAAUCACAAUCAUCACCUGCAUAAAAGUAAUCACAAAAGUCAUCAGCAGCAUCAACAUCAGCAGAGCUCUUUUUCAUCGCCAUCUUCAUCCAGUUUAGUAGCUAAUAAUAGUAAUAAUAGUAAUAAAACAAAAGAAAAGCCAUUAAAAAAUGAUGAUCAGCGCGUCGAUCAUGAUGAUGAGGAUGAUUGCGAACAUCAUCAGAAGCCUGAAAACAAAGAUAACUAUUUUACGCUGCCCCACAAAGACUUGUUGUCACCGACCACAACGCGUGAUAUUUAUGAAAACAGACUUAAAACUGCACAAACAACAACAACAACACCAUCUGUUGGAACUGCAGCAGCAGCAGCAUUAUCAUCGUCGCCGCCCAUGUCUUCGUCUUUGUCCUCGUCGUCCUCCUCAAAAUCAUCACCCCAUGGACAUCAGGGACAAAUUGCAACCACCACCGUUACAGCUCAAAGGCGUCGUGAUUUAAAGCUCAGGGCUGAACAACAAAAUCAUGAACAAGUCGAGCUUAAUAAGGCCUCUCUUAAACAUGGAGAUGAAGUGGCUUUGUGAAUCCAUAGCUACAUCCAUACAUACAUGCAUACACACAUAUAUCAAUACACCCAACCAACCACCAUUUCUUCCUUCAUUCUAUAAUCUUGUCAUCAAAUGUUGUCCCCCCUCCCUCCCCCCAAAUAGAAAUGUAUUUACUGAAACUAACAAAAACAAAAACAAAAAACAAAUAUUGAAUUGACCAAUAACAUUUAUUAAGCAAGAUUUUUUUAUUACCAAAAAAAAAACAACAAUAACAAAAUUGUAAAGUUUGCGUAGUAUAAAUUAAAAAAACAAGAAAUUUAACAAACAAAACGAAAACCAUAAUUUGUUGACUCUAGUUAUUUAUAGUUAAAACAAAAACCAAUAACAAUGAAAUUUAUUAAAUUAAAAAAAAAACGAUAAUAUAACCAAAAUUCUGUUUUUUUGUACAAGAACAAAUAUCAUAUAGAAUUAGUAUAAUUAAGUUUUGUUUUUUUUUUUCACAAAAAGAAAAACAUAAUUAUAAUAACGAAUAAAAUGACUUAAAUGAACUUAAGUUUAAUGUAAGGUGUGUGUUUUAUCCAAAAACAAAAAAAAAAUACAGAAUAAAUAAAAGAAAACCACAUCAACAUUACUUUCCCAACAAAAAAAGUGCGAGAGCUGUGUGUUUAUUAAAUUAAAUUAUACAUAUAUAUAUAUAUUUUAAUUAGAAUUCAUCUUAAGUAUUCUGUUGUAAGUCAAAAGUAACAAAUGAACUUAUUUAUAUAUAUAUAA